AUGGUACAUAUACCUAUGUGUGUAACUGUGAAUUUGGGCUGUUGUGGCACUUUCAGUUCCAGUGACUGGGAAGAUAUAUCCGAAAACAAAACAUUACCAGCAUCUUGCUGUGAAGUUAUAAUACUCAAUGAAGCUGAAGAAUGCACCGCGGUACAUGCCAACAAGGAAGGAUGCCUACCAACAUUAUUGGCAUUACUGGAUUCAAAAACCUUAAUAUUGGCGGGCGUAGUAUUGUGUGUGGCUGGAAUACAGUUGCUCACUAUUAUAUUUGCCUGUUGCCUUUAUGGUCAGUUUCGGAGUCGCUACCAGGGUGUUUAG